CAUAGUUGUCUCAGGAGGUUCUUCCACAGUUGCUCAGAACUGUCAUUUUGCGAUGGGUAGUACUUCCGCUCGGUAGACAGUAGCUUUCUUUUUAAUUCUUUCGAGGAAACAAUAAGCAACAUGAGUUCCCUCAAGCUCCAGAAGAGGCUGGCAGCCUCUGUUAUGCGAUGUGGCAAGAAGAAGGUAUGGCUGGAUCCUAAUGAAAUCAACGAGAUCGGAAAUACGAAUUCCCGCCAGAGCAUUCGCAAGCUGAUCAAAGAUGGUUUGAUUAUUAAGAAGCCUGUUGUGGUGCAUUCGCGUUUCCGUGUCCGUAAAAACACGAUCGCUCGUCGUAAGGGUCGUCACUGCGGCUACGGAAAGAGGAAAGGUACGGCUAAUGCUCGUAUGCCCCAGAAAUUGCUGUGGAUGAACCGUAUGCGUGUGUUGCGUCGUCUCCUGAAGAAAUACCGGGAAGCGAAGAAAAUCGAUCGGCAUCUGUACCACGAUCUGUACAUGCGUGCAAAGGGUAAUGUGUUUAAGAACAAGCGCAUCCUGAUGGAACACAUCCACAAGCGAAAAGCCGAGAAGGCCCGUAGCAAGAUGCUUAGCGAUCAGGCUGAGGCCAAGCGUAACAAGGUGCGUGAGGCUCGCAAGCGUCGUGAGGAGCGUAUUGCAAACAAGAAGCAAGAACUGCUUCAAUCCAUUGCCAAGGAAGAGGAAACCGCGCAGCAGGUUGCAGCCACCGGCAAGAAAUGAAGUGAGAGUGACAUUGGAUGAAAGCAGUCGUAUUUAAAAUAAGGCAAAUUAAACACGAUAUAAAAUUUACGGAAAAUCCCUGGUUGGAAGAAAUAUCCUUGAAACCAACAGAUUAACUGUAUCCUCCGUUUAUCGAAGGUUUUAAAUAUAUUUCUUUGGAGAAA